AUGGUAACAAUUCGGCCAAAGGUUUUUCUUCUUGUUGGUGCUACAUUGCUUCUUGUUGGAGUGUCUGUGAAAGCUACGGUGGAGGUAUCUCUGUCACCAGGAUGCAGAGAGUUUCUGUACAUGGGCACAGCUCCACUGGGACUGGAAGACCACUCACUGGUUAUGAUCUGCCAGUGCUACAAAAACAAGCCCCGCUACGUCACCCUGUACAAUACCAAGGAUCACAUCCCAGUUUACUCUGCCUACACCUUUAAACACUCUGACGGUGAGAUUAAGGUAGACAUCCCCUGGAUGUAUGAGCCCCAGCUGUCACCCACCUCCAACACAGGUGAGAUGCAGCAGUUUCCACCUGGCUACAUGCACAAGAACUUUGAUGAAAUGCAAGCUGUUCUGGAGGACUACACAAAUGCUGUUCUCUAUGAAAGAGCACAGUUGAACCCCGAUGAGCACCAGGCCCACCCCGAUGACAAAGCAGCAACGUACACACUGACUAAUGUGGUACCACAGGUGAGCGAGUUCCACAGAGGAAUGUGGAAGCAACAGGAGCAAAUCAUUCGCCAAAGACUUAACAAGACUUACUACGCUUUCAAUGACAAGGAGAAAAGCCAGAUCCUGGAGGUGCCUGUACCGAAGCUUGAGGAAUUCCUAAAGGCAUCUGGCUUUGUCAACAAAAAUUUUAAAAUAUUUCAGAAUGACUGCAUGUCCUUCUGA